CUUACCCCUCCCCUCAGCUCAUACCACCCCAGAGCUCCUAAUAUAGACCCGACCGCUUUGUAGAAAGGGCUAACAAACCGACUGUCUGCUGCGCGGAAACCAACUUUUUCAUGGACACACGACAGAAUAAUGGAGUCUCGAUCGCAGGUGUCAUUCCUGGACAAGAAGCAGGAACUGCAGAAACAAGAGGCUGAUGCCACCGUCUACAUGAACUUCAUGAAAAGCCACCGCUGCUACGAUGCCAUUCCAACCAGCUGUAAACUGGUCAUAUUUGAUACCACACUGCAAGUGAAAAAGGCCUUUUUUGCACUGGUGGCAAAUGGCUUGAGGGCUGCACCUCUGUGGGACAGCAAGCUGCAGAGAUUUGUGGGUAUGCUGACUAUCACAGAUUUCAUCAACAUCCUCCAUUGCUAUUACAAGUCCCCUAUGGUUCAGAUGUACGAGCUGGAGAGCCACAAGAUCGAAACGUGGAGAGGUGAUUCAGUUAAAAACGUCUACUUACAGUAUUCCAAUCACUUCCUCAUCAGCAUUUCUCCAGAGGCCAGCCUCUUUGAUGCCAUCUAUUCCUUACUGCGAUAUAAAAUCCACAGGCUGCCUGUCAUCGACCCCGAGUCUGGAAACGUCCUGCACAUUCUGACGCACAAAAGAAUCCUCAAGUUCCUCCAUAUAUUUGGGAAAAAAGUUCCCAAGCCUGCGUUCCUCCAGAAGCAGAUCCAGGAGUUGAGGAUAGGAACGUUCAGGAACAUCGCCACUGUGCAGCAAACAGCAUCGCUUUAUGAUGCCCUCUCCAUAUUUGUGGAGAGGCGGGUGUCUGCGCUGCCGGUGGUGGACGAACAAGGCAAAGUGGUGGCCCUCUACUCGAGGUUUGACGUCAUUAAUCUAGCAGCCCAGAAGACCUACAACAAUCUGGACAUGAGCAUGCAGGAGGCCGUCCGCAGGCGCACGUGUUACGUGGAGGGAGUCAUCAAGUGUUAUCCUGAUGAAACUUUGGAGACCAUCAUAUGUCGUAUAGUCACAGCCGAGGUCCAUCGGCUGGUCCUGGUGGACAGAUCUGAUGUGGUGAAGGGCAUCAUUUCUCUGUCUGACCUGCUGCAGGCCAUGGUCUUAACCCCUGCAGGUAUUGACGCCUUAUUAUCCUAGCAGCAGGGGGCAGAGCGUCCCCUCCUUUGUCUUCUGUGUAGUCCUGGCAGUGUUUCCAGCCUGGGAGGCUCUGGAGCCUCGUUCCUACUCCAGCCAAGCCCCAUGACCUGCAUCCUCCCUGUUCCCACAGGCUUGUUGUUGAAAACCGCCUCCUUGCUUUCAAUCUUGCACUCAAAAACAUGCAGGUGUUCCCACAGAGCCGCUCUACGAGGCUUAGUUUCAUUUUCUAAACAGCUGCAGAAGAGAAUGACAGCAGAAUUCAUUUGUAUCUUUCAGAAAUUGACUAAAAUGAGAGAACAUAAGAGGAAGAGAAAUCCGCUGGCUCUGCUGCUGUUUACAUUAAAAUGUCUUCAAGUUCCGUUACUGGACAGUGAGCUGACCUUGAUGCCAUGAUGUGUCUAUAGGUCCACUACAUUGGCUGCAUUUGAUCAAAUUGAUCAAUGUGUAUUUAUUCAAUAUACUGUAUUUCUGUAAUAAAUUUGUAUCAAAUCUUGCCAA